GACAUGUUUAGUUUGGCCGAGUUUUGGUUUGGUUAUCUUGGAUUCUUGGUUCAAGAAAAACAGUCGUAGACUUGUAACUUAAAGUUGUAUGAAAAGCUGGCAUAGAUUUAAACUCAUUAGAUGUCUAGCGAUGUUCAGAUAAAAGACGAGGAUCAGCAACCUGUUUUAAAAUGCAGAAAGCCUUCUUCGUCUAAUGGUUUUUUUACGUUCAUCAAACAUGGGGGAAAAAUAGAGGAAGGGAUUGAACACAAUCAUUCUCUUGGAGAAAUGGGCAGAAGUGUUUGCAAUGUUGCUGGUUGUAGCUUUACAGUAGAAGGAAAAGAAACAAGGAGUCUAGUAAACCAUUUAAAGACACACCGAAAAGAAUAUGUGCAGUUUUUGUCCAAAUGUAAAGAAAAGGUUGUAAAAGUCAGGGCUGUGCCUCAUAAUGUAAACACAGUCGAGACAACAAUCAAAGAUCCACCAACUGUCAAAGAGAAAAUUGUAGCAAGUCCAGUUUUCCAAAUAAAUGGAGCUGCAUCACUUCCCUCGCCCAACCUGACAGUAGAUAACUGUGACAAUAAGUUACCUGUUCUGCAAGAAAAUGUGGAAAGGGGGUCACCUCAAAGACAGUGUCUGUCAGAACUACCUCUAAAUUCUCCUCUCACUAUGUCUGUGUUCCUUCCACUUGGUACCACUCUAAUUGUUUCGGAUCCCUCAACUCUAAAAAUCGUUUGUGCCAACUCCAGUCAAAAUUUACCGCCGAAAGCAAAGAAUUCGCCCGUUACCGUGGUCGUAGAAAACGAACCACUUGGAAAUACUUCAGCGUCCUGUGCAACUCCUUCUCUCUUGAAAUGUAGCCAACCGACAGCUAAUCGUAAUUCCCCUGUUGACAAUGGCGCAUUAGCGAUGAAAGGUAUGGCCGCAGAUAAUGUAAACCACACAAGAUCUCCUCCUGGAUCAUUUAACCUUGUACAGCCUUACAGUUGUUCACCAACAACUGUACCUAUUGAACAUAUCCGUCUUCAAGCAAUUCCUACCCCUGGUAUUGGACCGUCACCCUCAACAGAAACCACACACGUUUAUAAAACGAAUCCUGUUACGGCUUCCAUUCCCAUUGUACACGAAGUAAAAAUUGUUUCCCUUUCACAUCAAACUACCUCUUUUUCUUCCACUGUGCAUCCUUCCGAAGUCAUUGAACAGACUAAGGCCGUUGUUAAAAAUUCCUCGUCUGCUCAACCUUCAGAACAAAAAUGCAUUUCCCAGAGCAGUACCGUUCUUUCCACAGAAACUCUUGAUGCUAGCAUUACUGGGAGCGAACCAUUAGAAGCCGUCCAUGAGCAUCUAAAAGUAACCGCCUCAAAGAAACAACCUAGCGUUCUCCAACAGCCACAACAACCUUCAAUUCGGUCUCUUGAGCAACACCCCGAUCUGCUUUCUGUCAAUCAACUGGACACCACAAAAAUGUCACCACUGCAGGUUGAUAAUACGGAAAAUUCUUCUUUAUUAAUUGAGAAAUCUGCUCGAACAAAUGACAGUCAAGCUGGUUUACUCAGUAAGGACGUUCCCCUGACAGCCGUGUCUGAAAUGACGGAACUACUGGAGCCGAAUUCGCAUGAAGAGUGUGCGGCAACGAGCCCUCUGAACAGCUUUAAGAAAAGUCUGUCCAUGGCAACUGGCAUAACCGUAGCUUCGUUUGCUAAAAUCGGUGAUGGGUCUGAGGAAAGAGCUCAAACUGCUUUGACGUCGAUGCCUCCACCACUGGAAUCUAGUGUACCGGUUAAAGAACCUCUUGUAGCCGCUUCGACAUCACAUUCUGAGGAUUCCCCCAACAGUAAUAAAUCUGCUGUUAAUAGCCCUACUAUUCCACAUGCGGAGCCUUCGCCUAUUACUGAAUUGGACGUUCUUCAUGAUGGAUCUGUAUCUGGUACCACAAAUGUUUGCGACAAGUCUUCAGGUGAAACGGUGGACGAAAGAACGCAUCCGGUUUUCCAGUUUUUUAAAUUUAAUUCCGUCCAUGGGAAGAGUGAGUGCAUUGUUGAUGGCUGCGGAGUUUUACGCAAUGGAAAAAACCCGGCAACUCUUAUUAAUCAUCUGCGAGUAAAACAUCCUAAAAAGGCAUAUACCGAGUUCAUGGCCAAGUGGACAACAAAUUGGGCUCGACCAAAAAGAACGACAACAAUGGUUAACGUUUCCAACAUAGCCCAACCGUCAAAGAUACUUCAAUCAGCUCGUGCAAGAAAGUCCAAGAAGAAGAACUCACCUUUACUAGGCGAAAAAGGAAUUGAACUAGUGCCUUCUUCAGUGAUUGUACCUGAUUUGGUGUCGACAGGAUCGGUGGCUCCCCAAGGUUCUUCCGAUGGUGGACCAAUUUCUAACGAAAAUCCUUCAGUUGGUUCAAAUAUGCAUCAAGCAAUUCUUACAGAUGGCGACAACUCUGCAACCCAUAGCUACAGAAAAGAUUCUUUUAAUGAAAAAUUGCAUCCGGUUUAUCGUUAUUUUACAUUCCGUGAGGCAACAGAAGGGCCAGCUGAAGUUACCCAAGAUAGUUGUGUCAAAAGCCAGUGCAAUUUUCAGGGCUGUAACUUUACUAUCAAGGGAAACAAAAUGGCAAAUCUCAUGCUUCACUUGAGUUUGCAACAUCGCGAUACAAAGGAAUUUGCUGAGUUCGUAUCUUUGAAUGACAAAUAUGAAGCGCAGCGCCUUAAAUCAAUGGACAACCCGUCAGAUCGAAUUCAACCACGAAAGAGGCCCCUUGCGAAAAUUGCUGGCAACACCUAUCAAGAAUACCUUGCUUGCCGCAAAAAACAACGGAAAGACUUGGGCGUCGGGACUGCAAUGUCAUCCUCGUUGGUAAAGGGUCAGCAAAAUAUUCGUAAUCAACCAACAACUUCCAUUAUGGUGGUCGACCAACAGAUUUCAUCAAACGUUGCUAAUGAAGCAGCUGCUCAGUUACCUGUACACACUCCGGAACAAGAACUCGACUUUAUCGGACCAGACAUCCCUUUUGAAUAUUCUUCUUUAAGAACAACCGUUCGUGAUCAACCUUUGCUCGAUUCGACGUUUCCGAACUAGGACUUUCUACAAUUAUUUACCUUAUUUCUUAUACGUUUGGAAGAAGUCAACAAGUUUGUGUUAAUUUACUGCAAAAGGAAAGAUAAGCGAGGAUUUUUUUUUAGUCACUGGAGAGCAGCGAACCAUCGAGAAAAGAUUAUUUGUGGAUUUUUGAUUUCUUACGUCUGAAUAAGUGUUAAUAUUUGCUCGUGUCAUUUAAUUUUUUUUUUUUACAGUGAACUUAUUUUUUUUUUUGUUGUUAACCAAGAAACCAAUUAAACUUAACUUUGAUGUUA